AUGGGGCAUGUGCUUGAGGAGCUGGCUGCGUUGCGGGAGCUGCAGAAGGAAGCGGUUUCCAGCCGCGACGGCAAGUGGCUGCUACGACUCUACGCGUGGUCCAGCGACCUGCCGGAGGUCCGGAACUUUGCGGCCAAAGAGCUGCAGUCCCUUGAGGAGAAGUGGCGGCUGAACCCUUGCGACACGGAGGCGGCGCCCAAGGAGAGGUGGCGGGCAUGGCCGAGGAGUCCAAAGCUUUGGCUGGCCUCCUUUCUGGCCUCUCACUCGACUUCAUCGAAGACCUCCGGCAGAGGGACGAGCUCUGGCGAAGUCUCAGGGAAAAGCCCGACGCCGUCAAGAUCUCCGAAGCCUUCGUUUUCCUGA